AUGCUGGAUGCCUCUACUCUGCUGGAGGUGCUUGUCGAGCAUUUUGAGGCCAGGCAGGUGCGUUAUCCCAGACCCCCUGCGCGCCAGGGGCAUGCUGCAAUGCCCGUUCUAUGUCUCCAGGACCUGAUCCCACCUGCCCCGGUCGUCUCUCCCCGCGAGAGUGGAGGACCAGAGGUCUUCGAUCUGGAUGCACGCCAAUGCCUACUGCCAGGCUCUCAAACGCAGAUUGAUUGGCUAUUGCAACGCGCCCCUAUCUCCCAGCUUUCUGGGCCGCCCCGUGACCUUGACGGGCCCGAGCGCUUUGCGGCGUGGGUCGGUUCUGGAUGUGUUGGCCGUUCGCCCGCACCUGGCGAAAUGGUUGUGCUCACUUCUGAUGGGUCCUUCCAUAGCAAUAGCGGGAGAAUGGGUUGGGGUCUCGUAGUCAGCCUGGUUGACCUUGACACGCUCCUGCUUCCUGGGCAGUUCAUCGGAUGCUGCUUUGGUGACCUUGAUUCUCUUGUCGGCGGCGAGGCAGGCGGACAAAGAUAUCACGAUGCCUACUCCGCAGAGGUCGCUGGCCUUUGUUGGAGCGCACUAGCAGCCCUUCAGCUUGCCAUCACAUGUCCAGUACUUUUUCGCUCGGACUGCACAUCCGCCAUGGCUGGAGCUCAGGGCACCGCUAGUAUGCGAGCCGAUAACUUGUGUCAAGUUGCUCGCUGUCUACAUGCAGCUGCUGCCCAAGCGAACCCAGCGACUACUCGCUACCAGCAUGUCGAGGGCCACGCAGGGGACUAUGCCAAUGAGCUCGCAGAUGCUCUGGCGAAUCACGGGGCUCGAGGCCUCAAAGCUCUUGCACCGCUUCGCUUUGAUGUGACCCUGUCUGCAGACCUUGCACCAUUACAAUGGUUGCCCCAUAUCUGCUUUUCCCGAUCCCAUGGCACAGAGGUACCCCGCCUACAGCACCAGGUUCUGAGGUGGGGCCGCGGACCGGGGGUGUGCCAAGGCGAUCACGAUCUUGCGAUGCGCCCCUUUCUCCGCGCUUUCUCGUAUCCGGAGCGCAACUCCUCGGAGCCAGCACCGCACAUGUGUCAAUGGCGCAUGGCUAGCUUCAAUGUUCUGUCUCUGCAUGAUGGUAUGGGGCCCGCUGAAUAUGGAGCCGGCAUCCAUGGUGCCAUUGGCAGGCCGUCUCUCCUACAACAGUCCCUUGAGGCCGCUGGAGUUGUGCUUGCCGGAUUUCAAGAGUGUCGUACUGCUGCGGGAUCCAUGCGCUGCGGCCGGUACACCCGUUUUUCGUCCGGAGCUGACUCACGCUCCUGUUUCGGUGUCGAACUAUGGCUACAUGAUGAUAGCCCCUGCCCGGCUUCCUCUGUGGCAGUUUUGCACUCCUCGCCCACUACUCUUUUCGUGUCAGCUACCUUUGUCAAUCAGCCAAUUCGCCUGAUUGUUGCACAUGCGCCCCAUCGCGCGCAUACUUCCACUGAAAAACAAGACUGGUGGAAGCGGUUUUCACACCUAUGCCACUCCUAUGCUGGUAACGGCCAGGUUGUCCUCAUGAUCGAUGCCAACUGCCGCAUUGGAAGUGAAACCUCACAGGCCGUCGGGCCACAUCAACCCGAUAUCGAGGACGAAUCCGGAUACUGGUUUCGCCGCGUCCUCGAGGACAUGGGUAUGUGGUUGCCGUCCACCUUCGAGCAUUGCAUGGUUGGUGAUGGAGGCACUUUGAGACAGAAGCGAAGCGGCUCACUUGAUAGGUCCGACUACAUCGGCAUUCCCGCGGCUUGGUACGACAGUACCUGUCAUGCCAUGGUCGAACCGCAGAUAUCGGCCGGCCAUGUGGGCAUCGACCACAUUGCUGUCGUGCUAGAUGUAUCGCUCCUGAUCUCGAAUGUAAGUCGCGCACCGGCUAGGGCCGCGCGUAUUAAUGUACGUUCCCUAGCUGACCCGCAGAACUCCGAGCUUGUUACACACAUCAUCAACAGUUCCCCCCGUCCAGCAUGGGAUGUAGAUGUCAGUGAGCACGCUGCGGUGGUUGUGGACCACCUCUACCGAGAAUUAGCGGCUGCUUUUCCGUCACAGCGUGGGCGUAUGCGCAUUGGCUAUCUUUCGGAGAGCACCUCAGCUAUCCAUAGAGUUGUUGCUUCACUGCGACACUCAGUGCGUCAAAGAAGGCUUGCUUUGCGAACAGCCCUGCUCCGCUGCGCAUGGCAAGCAUGGCAGCCUGCCGCUGCCGCUUUGCAUGUGCUCUUCAGCGGUCGGUGGCUGUGGCAACUUGAGACCCGUUAUGCCUUGGGCUGCAUGCUCCUGCGCAGGUACGGUCUCUUAGUGCGUCGUGCCUGUCGAGAGGACCGCAAUCGCAUGUAUGCUGAGAUGGCUGAUGAAAUCGCCACCGCUGCUCCCAAUUCCAUGCAUGGGGUAGUUCAGAAGGUUCUGAAGCCCAAAAAGUACCGUAAGCAAGGCAAUGCUCCACUACCUGCUCUGUAUCGCCCGGAUGGCAGCCAGUGUUUGACGCAAGCUGAAAUCACGCACACUUGGCGCGAACACUUCCGGGUACUCGAAGGAGGCCUCACGACGACACCCGCGGAUUUGCUCGACUCUUGCCGUCAAUCUCAGGCCAGGUUCGAGGGCAGUGAUGUCGUGGAUGCGGCGCAUAUGCCUACAUGGCUUGGCCUUGAGGCAGCCCUUCGCCACACUGCCGGCCGCAAGGCAGCCGGCCCAGACCUCCUGCCGCCGAUGUUGUGCAAGCGUUUCAGCCCGCAACUCACUACGUUGCUGUGGCCAUUGCUUCUUAAAACAGUAUGCGGGGCUGCUGAGGCAGCCGGCCUCAAGGGCGGUACUCUGCAUCACAUUGGGAAGCCGAGCCCCAAAGCUCCUCACACAUGUGAUGCCCACCGGGGCAUUCUAGUGCAGUCGGCAGUCGCUAAGGCCUUUCACAGAUCACUUCGCGGACUGGUGGUGCAACACUGGCAGACGACUGCCUUGCCCCUCCAAAUUGGAGGUAAAUCUGGCUGCAGCGCGUCGUUCGGCCAUCUGUGCUCACGUGCAUUGUUGUACUUUGCGCGGAGCCAGGGGUUGUCGGCAGCGCUCAUCUUCAUAGACCUGUCCUCCGCAUACUAUGCAGUGAUCAGAGAAACGUUGUUCGGCAAGGAACUUUCCUCGCGACCGGUCCAUGAGAUUGCCGAAGCACUUGGCCUCGACCGAGAGGACCUUCAGGACAUUCCAGACAUUGUAUACGCGGAUGACCUUUGCAUUCCGGUUGUUUGCGACAAGGCAUCUGGUCUCAGGAGCGUGGUGUCGGCGGUUGCGGCUGAUACCUUUGACACGCUCACUCCGCACGCUCUUCGCGUCAACCUGGGACCUACUAAGACUGCUGCGAUCAUGGCUCACACUGGCGCCGGGUCCCGGGCGGCCAGGCAAGAAUCCUUCGGGGUGCUAAAGGGGCGGGUCCCUGUGUUGCCGGAAAGUAAGGGCCUCUUGUGGUUGGACUUGGUCGCACGUUACCGCCACCUCGGAGCGGUUGUUACCUUCGACGGCUCCCUACGCGCAGAUGUUAAGCACCGUUUGGCGCUUGCCCGCUCAGCGUUCCGAGACGGGCGCCGUCGUCUCUUUGCGUGCAAGGACAUUCCUAUGUGCCGUCGCGCCGUCUUCUUUAGGAGCCAUGUUUUGUCAACUCUCAUUGCAGGGAUUGGGAGUUGGCCCGAACUUGGGGAGUGCGAUUGGAUACUCUUUUCGGGGGGGCUCCUGGGGUUGUAUCGUCAGCUCAUGGGCCUCAGGGCACAAGGACAGUGGAACCUCACGGCCUCUCAGAUCCUUUCUGCUACUGGGCUGCCGCCCGCGGACACGGUGCUACAUGCCGAGCGCCUCCGAUUCCUAGGCCAGCUCGUUCGACACGGCCCCGAUGAGCUCUGGGCUUUGUUAGGCUGGUACACUGAUUACCAGGACGCUGUUCGCUCGGCAGGAGCAUGGCUCCUCCAGACUGGAGGCUCCUUGUCUUCUAUCGGGCCCAUUGACCAGCACUGGGAACGAUGGGCGGCCAUUAUGCGU